UAUAAAUUCCUUUCUGCUAUGUCAUUCUUUUCUCCCAAGGCAAACCUUUGUAUUUUCUCACUGUCCUCUUUCUUGCAUUAACAUUUGGAAAUCUGAAUUCUCUCCAAAAAAACAAAACCAUGAUUUCUUCAAUAAAACACUCCACAUCUGUUUUCAAUUCCACAGGUUUCUUCUCCAACAAACGUUCGUCACAAUUCUCACCAUUACCCGUAAUCAAGAACGUCCACAGUGGCUUCCCCAACCAAUCUUGCUCUUAUCAAAAACCUCUGCACAUUGUCGCCAUUGAGAAUCUUGCAAUCUCGAAAAAAACCCAGCAGAGGAAAAUAGAGUGCCAGGCCUAUGAAGCUGAUAGGUCUACGCCUCUGGACAUAAACAUUGAGUUACCAGACGAGGAAGCAAGACUGGAGUCAGCUAAAAGGAUAAAGAUUGGGAUUUACUUUGCUACUUGGUGGGCUCUUAAUGUAGUUUUCAAUAUAUAUAACAAGAAGGUUUUGAAUGCCUUUCCUUAUCCUUGGCUUACCUCUACACUGUCUCUGGCCGCUGGCUCUCUUAUGAUGCUUAUAUCUUGGGCCACGAGGGUCGCUGAUGCUCCUAAAACCGAUUUUGAGUUUUGGAAGUCCCUUUUCCCCGUUGCGGUGGCACAUACUAUUGGACAUGUAGCAGCAACUGUGAGCAUGUCGAAAGUUGCAGUUUCAUUCACUCAUAUCAUUAAGAGUGGUGAACCUGCUUUCAGUGUUUUGGUUUCAAGAUUUCUAUUAGGGGAGGCAUUCCCAUUACCAGUUUACUUGUCACUAUUGCCAAUUAUUGGAGGUUGUGCACUUUCAGCAGCAACUGAGCUCAAUUUCAACAUGACCGGUUUCAUGGGGGCCAUGAUAUCUAAUUUAGCAUUCGUGUUUCGAAACAUAUUUUCAAAGAAAGGGAUGAAGGGAAAGUCUGUUAGUGGGAUGAAUUACUACGCAUGUUUGUCAAUGUUGUCUUUAUUGAUUCUUACACCUUUUGCAAUUGCCGUUGAGGGUCCUCAGCUCUGGGCAGUUGGCUGGCAGAAGGCAGUUUCACAAAUUGGACCUAAUUUUGUCUGGUGGGUGGUAGCUCAAAGUGUCUUCUACCACUUGUAUAAUCAGGUUUCAUACAUGUCUCUGGAUCAAAUUUCUCCCUUGACAUUUAGCAUCGGAAACACAAUGAAGCGAAUUUCGGUUAUAGUCUCUUCCAUCAUCAUCUUCCACACACCUGUUCAGCCUGUCAAUGCCCUUGGAGCUGCCAUUGCAAUCCUUGGAACCUUUCUUUAUUCACAGGCAAAGCAGUGAGAUUUGAAGAUUUUGGUGAACUUACAUAAACAUAAAAUGUUGAUGUUGCGGAUGAUCCUUAUUGAAGCUACAAUUUUAUUCUUUAUUGAUACUAUCAACUAGUAGAUUUUAUCUAAAUUUCUUUAUUUUUGUACCGUUUUAUUCCUUGAUAGAUAAUAAUAACUAGUAGAUUUUACUUAAAA